AUGCAAGAUGAUUUUGGCAAUAAAGUUAUUGGAACUUUAAACCUCAUUACAACAACUUCCAAAGCUACCAAACAUGAAAUUUAUGAUACAAAUUCUAGUGAGACUUUAAAAACUUCCAAAGCUACCAAACAUGACAUUUAUGAUACAAAUUCUACUGAGACUUUAGAAACCAUCGUCAUCAUCAAGCCUUCCGACGAACCCACAAACAUCAUAACAUUGCAAACGCAGCUUCACGAUUCUUACAACAUAUAUUUGGUCAUCACGUCAGGUGUGACCACCAUCGCCUUCCUCUUCAUGCUAGCUCUUUUAGUUAGAGAACUGAAAUUUAAACGUGUGAUAUCAAAAAGAACAAGCAAAACGUCAGGUAGAAGCUCAACGAUUUCAAGCGACGGUGAAGUUAGAUCAUCAAGAAACAGUUUGAGCGUAAAUAGUAGUGAAGCAAUAUAA